CCUGUGUUGAUGUGUCGCAGAUUUUAAUAAAAAGUGAGGGAGGCAGGUAGCUGGAGUUUUUAGUGAGGGGAGCAGCGGAGACUCAGCGCUCACAGCGAGUCCUCACACCGAGACAUAACAGCUGCAGGGACACUCUGAGAUUUUAUUUUCUGUCCCUUUUUAAAACUAUUUUCAUUUCGACGAUAACAGAAGAGACCCAGUUUUGCUUGUUGUUUGGAGCGUGCGGAGCAGCGCGCGGCGAUGGAGCUGUCAUCAAUAGGAGAUCAAGUGUUUGCUGUUGAGUCAAUAACUAAGAAGAGAGUGAGAAAGGGAAAUGUGGAGUAUCUGCUCAAAUGGCAAGGAUGGUCCCCCAAGUACAGUACUUGGGAACCAGAGGACAAUAUUUUGGACCCGCGCCUGGUCCUGGCCUACGAAGAGCAUCAGGAGAAGAUCAGAGCUCUGGCCUAUCGCAGGAAAGGUCUCAGACCCAGGAGGCUCGUUCUGCGGAACAUCUUCGCCAUGGAUCUCCGCAGCGCCCACAAGGUCUCGGAGAAGCCCCCGCCUCGACUGCGUCUCUCCCUCACCCGCUCCAUGAGCACGGAUGUGGACCAGGGCGAGCGGGGCAGCCUGUACCGCCGCCUCGCCAGGAGGAAGAGCAAGCAGAGGGUGUCCAAGCGGGGUCCGCAGAGACCCUCGAACAAACCCAUCCGUCCACUGAGGAAAAGGGAGGAGCCCAUCGAGGAGGACUGGGGCGGCACCAGCGAAGAAGAGAAGCAGGAGUCUGAGUGCACCACCGAGGAGAGACGUGAAGACAGUUUAUAUGGUCCGUCGGAGUGCAGCUCUCCACCCCAGCUGGAGCGUCAGGACUUAGAGAUGGAGGUGGAGGAGAAGGUGGACACCGACCUGACAGCGGUAGCUGCAGACACAUGGAUACCCGAAGAAGGACAGAACCAAACGUUUGCGUGUGACCAAUCAAAAGACAUUGCUCCGGUCACUGAAGCCGUACCGGAAGACGCCGUUUCCGAAAGGUCAGAUUGGGACGGAGGUGAGGAGGCCGUGGAGUUGGAGUGUCCCACGUUAGAGAGCAGCGUCUGCCAGCGCAACAACACGACCUCGGUGAUCGUGAGCGCUCAGAGGAGCAGCGAGACGGUGGCCCCCUGCUCCGCCACUGAGGUGAGGAAGGAGGAAGAAGAAGUGAGUGACGACAAUCAGAGCACGACAACACCGGGGAGUCAGACCGCCCCGGCCACGGAAGGACACCCCGGGAAGGUGAUUUUUACAGACGUGACUAUCAACUCUCUGACGGUGACUUUUAAGGAGGCAGAGGUGGCCGAAGGCUUCUUUAAGGGCUAUUGAAUGACGAGAAAGAGAGAAAGAGAGCUCGAAAUAACCAUAAUUAGACUUGCCACUCAUUUUGUACAUGUAAAUAGUUGUGUAUGUUAUGUAACUCCACAUGUUUACAAAGCUACACUCAUUUCCUACUGAGUUAAAGGAAGACAUUGUUGCCUUUAAAUAAAAAAUGAGUGGUAAUUUUAUCAUUGUGGCUCAUUUAUUAGGCGCGAUAGGAAACCCGAGGUUCCAAAAAUGUCCUCAUUUGCAAUCCAGAGGACUGAGCGGAUGGCAGGCUUCAUUCCCGGGGUCACUGGGUUUACCGAGAGCCUGAGACAGAUGCUGAGACAGCAAACUAACAGUCCACAUUACUACUUCCAUGCAGCUACUUUUUCCAGUCGUCCUCAGUGCUUUCCAGCCAGAUCACACACUCAGAUCUGAUCUCCGGGCCUGUUUCAAUCGCUCCUCUUUUUACAAAUAAUGUUUUGUAAAUUGCUCUUUUUUCAGUAUUUGCACAGACAUUACUGCAUGCCCCGUCAGUCUGUGCCACACAUGCACAAAGCACUGUCCUGUGGUUUGUUGAAGAGGUUUAUUUCUGUCACAAAAGAAAAGAAAAGAAAAAAAAAAACAAAGACAAAGAAUUAACGCCUGCCGCUUAGAUGAAGUUCUGCAUUUCAAGAAGGCUGGAUGCACAAAAAGACGUUGUGUUUGCUGUCUGUCUGUCCUCUUACUUUUCAAGUAUGAAAUGCUACCUGGUUCUAUUUUUGUAUUACCAAUUGAUAGUCCACUCUCUUCACUAGCCUUUGUGCAUUUCAAAAGAGGAGAUAUCAGUUUACACCGCCGCUGUUCUGUUGUGUACAAAUGGAAGCAAAUGUACGUUGUAGGUCAGACUGUAGUGAGCUAUUAUUUAUUGCAUGUCACUUGUAUAAGCUAAACUAACUUAUGUCACUUCUAUGUGUCUUUCUCUGACAACGAUGAGCCGUCAAACAUGUCUUCUCUCUAGAAAUGGAUUUUUAUUUUGACUGCAUUUCCAAUAAAUAUGUACUAAAAUAA